CUUGAAGCAGCUCCCCUUGUUCGUAGCUGUUUAGGGAAACAAAUGCUCCGUAUUUAAUUUGAAUUGCGAAAACCUACGCUUUACGCACCUCCAUUGUUCCCUUUAGGACAUUCCCCUCUCCAUUUCCAACGUGCGGUGUACAUAGAAGCACCUCUAAACCCCAUACGUCUCCAUUUCUUCUUUGUUUCAGAGUUGCGCUUUAGAAUUCCUUCAUUUCUUGUUGAUGCCCCUUUUGAAGUCCGGAUUUAGGGAUACACAAAUGCAUAACUAGAUAUUGUUAAGCUCGCAAUAAUGGCUUCUAAUAUCGGGAUUAUGGAUAGUGCCUACUUUGUGGGCAGGAAUGAGAUUCUUUCCUGGAUUAAUUCGAGGCUCCACCUUAAUCUUUCUCGCAUUGAGGAGGCUGCAUCUGGAGCAGUGCAAUGCCAAAUGAUGGACAUGACCUACCCAGGAAUUGUUCCAAUGCACAAGGUGAACUUUGAUGCGAAGACAGAAUAUGAUAUGAUCCAAAAUUACAAAGUACUGCAGGAUGUUUUCAACAAGCUUAAAAUUGACAAGCACAUUGAAGUCAACAGGCUAGUUAAGGGCCGGCCUUUGGAUAACUUAGAGUUUUUACAAUGGUUGAAACGUUAUUGUGAUUCUAUAAAUGGUGGCAUUACUAACGAGAAUUACAAUCCUGUGGAGCGGCGUUGUAGAGGCGGGAGGGAACGGUGUACUAAAGUUUCUCUAAGAAAUACAAAGUCACUACAAACCAACAACUCCCACAGCACAAGCUCAGGGGAUGGAGUAGCCUCCACUAAGAUUUUGGAGUCCAAGCAAGCAAAACCACAUUUAGGAACAACUGCAGCAGAGGUUGAGGCAUUGUCAAAGGAGGUGACAGAGCUCAAACUCUCUAUUGAUCUCUUGGAGAAAGAAAGGGAUUUCUAUUUUUCAAAAUUACGUGAUGUUGAGAUUCUCUGCCAGGCUCCCGAUAUAGAAAAUGUCCCGAUGGCUGUUGCAAUAAAGAAAAUUCUAUACGCGGUUGAUGAGAAAGAAUCUGCGCUAGCAGAAGCCAAGGAGAUACUGAACCAAGCUACAGAUGAUGCUGAUGAAGCCGAACCAGAGUAUCAUGAAGAAGAAGAAGAAGAAGAGUAUAAAGGAAAGACAGAAGGCGCCGGUGCCUCAUGACAAGGAGUCAAUCAACCAGUUCAGUUAUUUAUCAUCUCCUUAAAAAUGUGCAAAACUUCUUUAUUCUAUAAAUCAGUACUCGUUUUCCAGAUGAGGCAGAGUCGAUAGAAGCGACACAUUUAUUUCAUACACGCCAUUGCAGAAUUAGCACGAGUUAAUAGACUUGUGAAUUGUGAUGUACUGGAAAUCUAAUUUGCAUGUAGUAAUAAGAAGACUCAUAACUC